UAAAUAGUAUACAUUCGCGGAUACGACGUAUUCUAUAUUUACUUAUUUACUUGUGGAUUUACAUACAUACAUUAAUCAAAAAUACAGUGUGAAGAGAGAGAUAUUAUACGGACAGCGCAGGUCAUUCGUUGUCCGACAGAAUUAUAUUGCCUGUCGACUGUUCAUGUAAAUACGUUUGUUAAUUCAACAUACAAGCUGAAUAACGCUCAGAAAGCAUCUAUAGGACGUAUUCUGAUAUAUUUGUACGUAGUAUAUUCUGAUCGAAGCUACGUACACACACACACACACACACACACACACACACACGCGCGCCCGCGCGCGCGCACACAUACUCACAUACGCACACACGCGCGUGCACGCACGCACCCAUACGCGUAUACACAUAUACAUAUACUUCUUCAUAUAUAUAUAUAUAUAUAUACUAUAAUAUAAUAUACUAUAGUAUAGUAUAUUAUACUAUAAUAUAAGUAGAGUGAUGAACAUCACGGUUUGAAUAGCGUAUAAUAAUUGCCUCGACGGAUAAUCAAAGCGCUAUAUACCCACUUGAAUGAAGAACGGUGUUCGUUUAUACAUAGACACAAAGGCUAUGUAUCCAAACAUACUCAAAAUCCCCAUCUACACACAAGUCGGAUAUACUCGGUGGCGUAUGGACAACAGAACACGCCAUUAGACAGAUUAUCAUAAGGUUGGGGUAGAGAUAUAGUGACAUACAACUAUAAAUACAACUACCUAUAGCUAUACAACUAUGUCGGGGGUAGGCAAUAAUGCGAUCACUCCGAUGCCCAGUCAGACGACGCUGAAUUUCUAUGGCAACAACAGCAACGAGUCAUUUAGUGAGACAAUGAACAAUGAUUUAGCAAGUGCUAUCAACCUCAACAAGAGCAAGAAGAUCGAGAAAGAGAGAGAAAGGGCCCAGAAAUGUAUAAAUAGAGGCGAGAAUGGUAGCACGAACGCCACCGCCAGUACGCCCGGAUCAGUGAUACGAAUAAAGAAAGGCCGGAAGUCGGCGGGGGAAUUGUUGCGGAAAGCAACAGCUGAAGAGACCUUGGACAGGUAUACUGACAGCGGAGCAGAUGAGAAUGUAAGUACAAACAUAGAGGCCAUAUAUAAUCACCGGAGUGACAAUGGUGGUGUAGGUAUUAAUAGCGAGAUGGAUGCGCCCCUCUAUAUACACUCGCAAGGGAACAACUCGGCUGUCAAUCCGUUGCAGGCCAUGGGCGCCCGUAUAAAACGCGAAGACAAGACGUUUAUUGACAGCUCAGACUCAGAGCAUCAGGAGGCACUACAGUCCAAUCUGCUGGCAAAUGUAUCGCGGGUGAAUAGGACCCCUUCCGAAAUUCGAGCACAGCAACACAAUGACAAUGCCCAUGGUAGCACUGUAAGAUCGGCGUCGGGCAAUAGCUUGCGCGCUAAAUCUGACUAUAAGCCGGCAGUUGCUGUACGGUCACCCCACAGUGGGUCUAUGCCGACACCGGCCGCAGGCACGAGCCGAGCCUCAGCUCAGAUACAGAGUAGAGGGGAAAGCGCUAAUGAGGUUAACCGAGAAACCCCCCGACCGGAAGUCAAGCCCAGAGGUAUCAAUACCAGUAAUACCAGUGAUGUGCCAACUAAGCCGAAGGUGAAGCCUAGGCCCAACCCACGGCCACGGAGCUGUCAUUUGGAACCCGUGAAUACACAGACUACCAGCGAGCAGAUGCACAGCGGCAAGAUGCUCAAGGGUGUCAGCUCGACUGGCGACGUACAUCUGAAUGGAGAGGAUGUGUCUUCGCUCUUCAACACACCUGAGGCUACCCACACACCACAUAUGGAGCCCCUGGGACCUGCUUCCGACUACACAGAGUUCGCCGGAAUUACUUCGUCGCCCGCAGUAGAUACACCAGGCAGCGGUGAACCGCGAGUGAAGUCCAUUCUGUUCAGCAGGAGUGUGUACGACGAGGACGUCAUGCUCGAGCGUGAACAGGACAAGCUAGCACCGCCAAUGGCCGUCGCGCGCGGCAAAAUGAACCAGUUGGCGCAUAACAGCACACUCACGUCGCUGGCGCCUGUGACCAGUGAUCAGCCGCAGGGCGAUGUCAUGGCCAAGCUUGGGUUUGCCCGAGGUGACUCGUACUUCCGGGCGGACUCGCCAACGUCAGUACCCUCAGCGUCGGUGGAGAGUUUCUCGAAGUUAAAUGUAGAGCCGGAGGUUAGCAAGAUUGCCGUAGAGGUGCAGCACAAACUGGACGCCCGGAAGCAGGCGGCUGCGCAACUAGGGGUCAAAACCAGGACGGCGCGACCGCGGGGCAAUACCCCGGAUAGCAAGCGGUCUUCGAGGGGGUAUACCGAGAGUGACAAUGAGCAGGCCACUGGGGGUACGAGUACGAGCGAGUCGAAGAGUAAGAAACUGGCCAACCGGCUGAGUAUGGGGGGGAUAGGCAACGUCAUAUUUAACAGUAGUAAGGGGAGUGUGGUGGGCGGAGAUGAUAUGAGUGGGAGCGAUUCCAGUAUGUCUAAGGACAGGGAGAAGCGUAAGGUGAAAGAGAAGAAGCUCGCGUCCAAGCCUACGAAAGGUCUGGGGAGGGAGGCAUGGGAAGAACGGAUUAGGAACGAGAAGCGGUCGCAGGAGGCUCAGCGAGAGUAUGAGAUGUUCCAGAGACAACUAAGUGAAGAGAAGAAGCUGCUACUGUUGGCGGAGUAUAAGGCCAUCCGUGAGGACCGGGUGGCCAACAGAUACAAGGAAAAAAUGGACAAGAAAGCCGAGAAAAAGAUGCAGAAACAGCUGGUUAUUGAGCGGAAACAGCAGGAGAAAGACCAAGAACGCAUCCGUAAGGAAGAGCACAAGCUGGCUGCAAGGCAGAUGAAACAGCUGGAAAAGCAAGGCAAGGGGGUGAACGGGUUUGUGCGGGGCACGAGUAUCACUGUGCCUACGUCUAGUGCGAUGGGUAACCCGCAGCAGUUGCAGCGCCCGCGAUCUAUUUCAGAUUUCCUGGAUGAUCAGGGCGAUAAUGAACCCACGCAGGACCAGGACCAGGGACAGGGACAGGACAACCAGUUGAAGCAUCGAGGCAUGCAGCGGCCAGGUCAGAUGAGAAGCAUGCACCAAAUGCAUAGCCCCAGUACGGAGUAUCGGCCGAACAACAUUGUCAGGCGCGACUCGAGUCCUAGUGUCCAGCCGAACAUACGCAACGUCCAAAACAUGCCGGGUAUGCGAGGCAACCAGCCACAGCAGGGCUCGAAUAUUAUUCGGCGUUCCCCCAGUGGCAAUGUGGUGGGUGGCACGCGCAACCCCGCAUCGCAGAACAACCCUCAGAACCUGCAAAGACCCAUUGCUCGCGGAUCUCCACUACAAACACGGCAGAGUGUCCAGCCACAGCAGCGCAGGCCUGUGAGCGGUGCCAAUGGCCCGAACCAGCGCGCGCGAGCGCAUUCAGGAGGUGGCCAGACUGCCAGUCCGAUGCAAAGUCAGGACUUUAGGAGAUUUACGACUGAAAGCUCGACCUUUCGGGCUGCACGGCCUGCGAGUCAGAUGAUCACUUCACAUCCCAAUCAGAACCCUAAUCCUAUUUCGAAUCCGAAUCAGAAUCCCUAUGUCAACAGCAGCAAUCUGCAGCAUAACUUCAGCCGGAAUUCGAAUAUGGGAAUGGGAGGGACUGGGAUGGGAAGUGCCAGUUAUGAAUCUAUGCCUGGCGGAGAUCACGGGCAGGGCCAGUAUAUGUAUGACAUGCAGAAUCAAUAUGUCGACACACAUUUCGAUGAUGAUCAGCAGUAGGUGCGUGUACCCAGUGUUGAGCUCAGUUCAGGAUGUUAGAUGUUUAGUGGGCGGGUAAUAAUGGGGAACAUGUAUAAUAGGGAUAUCAUGAGUAGUGUGGGUAAAAACUAGUAGGGAA